AUGGAAGCAACCGCCUCCAUUCUUACUUCUUCCGCUGCUUCCUGCUCACCGUCUCCUUCUUCUUCUUCCUAUCCCAUUUGUUCAAUCCCUCACCUCAGAAUCGGUAGUUCCCGGUCAUCAAUUCCCCUCCGCAAAUCACACCUCUUCAGCCCGCUCUCGCUGCUGCUUCCCGUCCCCUCCGCGUCUUCUUCUUCUCUCCGGGCGUCCUCCUUACAGGUAGUUCAAACUCCCGCCACCACCGACGCUUCGCCCGACGCCAUGGAUGUCGCGAUGCCCAAGAUUGACAAGAGUGGGAGGUUUUGCAGCCCACGAGCUGCUCGGGAGCUCGCUCUAUUGAUCGUUUAUGCGUCGUGUUUAGAAGGGUCUGACCCAAUUCGACUGUUUGAGAAGCGGAUGAAUGCAAGAAGAGAGCCUGGGUAUGAGUUUGAUAAGUCGUCUCUGUUGGAGUAUAACCACAUGAAUUUCGGAGGACCACCUGUUACAACGGAGACCAUUGAAGAAGCUGAUGAGCUGCUGUGCAGAAAUGACCAUGAAUCCGCCAUUGAAGCUGAAGUCCUUUCAGCGCCUCCGAAGCUGGUAUACAGCAAACUGGUUUUACGGCAAAAUGAACCAGCAAGCAAAAUUUUGGAGCUCAGCAUCCUCCAUCUAGCAAUGUCUGAGAUUAUAGUCAUCGGGACAGCACACCAGAUUGUCAUCAACGAGGCUGUAGAUCUCGCUAAAAGGUUCUGCGAUGGCGCAGCCCCACGGAUAAUCAACGGAUGCUUGAGGACAUUCAUGAAGGGUCUUUUUGAAACCGAGUUAGCUCAGGAUGCUUCCUCCGCCAAGCAGGAAGUCGUACAACUCGACCGCAGUCUGGUUGGACCAAAAAACAUAUGAACGACGAGUCGCGACUACCAUGUUAUAGGAGAAGAAACAACUUAUGGAGAGGCCUGCUAGCUCCCCGGAACCCAUUCCAUCGGUGCUGUAGAAGAAGCAUCAAGUGGCGGGUAUCAAGAGUAUAGUAUAUGAUUUGUUGUUGUUGUUGUUGUUAUUGUUGUGUUAGAUAGUGGAUUUUAGCAGCAAACUAACUUUGUUCGAUGUAUUGUUGGCAAAUGCCUAGAAUGGAUGGUAGACUAAACUAGUUGGUGGUACUUAGGUAACCAGAGCGUGGAACGGGACUACUUACUGAGAAUGAGUGUGCCACUUGAUUUUACGAUGGAUGUUGCAAAACAAGCAGCUAGGGGUGUGCAAUGGUCCGGUCCGUACCGGAUCACAUCGGACCAAACCGUUGUUAAGACCGGACCGGACCAGAUCGAGUAAAAUGCGGUUUGGUUCUUGGUC